UACGAGUAUCACAGUUUUUUAAAUUUAUUUGAAGUAUUACAUAGAGAUGAAUAUGAGCGCGCCAUCUGUAAGAUGAGGCCUAAUCGAGCAAUUCCAGUAGAAAAACAACAGAAUGUUCGAGGAACCAUUUUCCUGUGGCAACGGAAAGACUACGCCACACUUCAUAUCCACGUUCAAGUUCAUGGAUUUAACGUUUCCCGCCACGAGCAUGGAGAACACGCUGGCGCGAAGUCUCAUCAGCAUGGAUUCCACGUGCACGAAAAAGGUGAUUUAAGUAAUGAUUGCCAGUCAACAGGCCCACAUUUCAACCCAACAAACGCUGAAAAACAUGGCGGUCCCCGUUCUCAAAUAAGACACGUGGGAGACUUAGGAAACAUUGCUUGCAACAGGCAUGGCGUGACGAACAUGAUAUUCACUGACUCAGUCGCCUCUCUAAUGGGUCCUCAUUCUAUCAUAGGGAGACCCCUUGUGAUCCAUGCUGAUCCAGAUGACUUUGGAACCAAUCCACACAUCCCAGCCAGUCUUUCAAAUGGGAAUGCUGGAACUCGAAUAUCGUGCUGUAUAAUCGAAAAGGUUCAGGAUUCAUCUCAUCAUCAUAAUAGUCAUGAAUAAAACCUACAGCACCAUUAUUUGUUUGUAGGCCUUUCAUGAGCUUAAAUCUUCAUAUCAUUCUGAACAAGCAAACAUUUCUGGAAUGUUAAGAAAAGUUCUAUCGUAUUAAAGAAACUAAAAAGAUGGACCGCUGUGUUUCAAACAGUCCACGAAUUAUUUCCAAGUAUUCAAUGUUCCUUUUUCUAAUCUUUUCUUUCACGUUUAUGUUACUUACCUCGAGAGUUAAAACAAAGUUUCUCUGUCUCUGUAAUAAAGACAAAUAAAAAUGUAAUUGAUAAACUGUA